AGAGAACUGGAACAACCAAUCUGUUCUGUUUUGUUCCAAUCUGUACUACAGUCCUCACUGCGAGAUUACAAGGUUCACAUAAAAUGGAUAUGCGCGUUUAAAUCAAAUCUCUGAUCUGUGGUGCACUGUCCAUCUGUGUAGUUUCACUAUUAAUUCGCUGUGCGAAGUUUUUGUUUGGACCUUUCCAUCUUUGCGGACCAUUACACGAAGGAAGCGGAAAUUAACAGCCCGCUUGCUUGCUUUUCCCGGAGCUACUCCGGAGUCGGGAACGUUAACUGCUACAGUAAGACGUAUGAACAUGAUUUUACUGUUGUUAAAAUGCGGUGUUUCUAUUUAGUUCUGCAUUUCACUGCGUAAGAGGGAUCGGAGAGGGAUACUCUGCACCUCUGUGCGCUGGGUUGACAGCACCCAAACAAGGAAGAUCUGAAACUCCACGGGCAGCAGUGACAAGGACAAAUAUUAGGAGAUUGAAACAGAUCUGUCAGGGCUGUUAUUUUGCCUGUAGAAGCAUUUCCUUCUGGAGAUUUACAUCUGUCUCACGUCCACACAGUCCAUGCCAUGGAGGCAAUAGCUAAAUACGAUUUCAAAGCUACUGCGGAUGAUGAGUUAAGUUUCAAGCGAGGAGAAAUUUUAAAGGUUUUAAAUGAAGAAUGUGACCAGAACUGGUACAAGGCAGAACUCAAUGGAAAAGAAGGAUUCAUCCCUAAAAAUUACAUAGAAAUGAAGCCACACCCGUGGUUUUAUGGGAAGAUUCCCCGUGCAAAAGCAGAAGAAAUGUUAAAUAAACAGAGACACGAUGGAGCUUUUCUCAUUAGAGAGAGUGAGAGUGCACCUGGAGACUUCUCGCUGUCUGUCAAAUUUGGGAAUGAUGUCCAACACUUCAAAGUCUUAAGGGAUGGAGCAGGAAAAUACUUCUUGUGGGUGGUCAAAUUUAACUCAUUAAACUCUUUAGUGGAUUAUCAUCGGUCCACUUCUGUGUCCAGGAAUCAGCCCAUUUUCCUCAGGGACAUUGAACAGGUACCACAGCAUUCCACAUAUGUUCAAGCUUUGUUUGACUUCGACCCUCAAGAGGAUGGAGAGCUGGGUUUCAGGCGUGGAGAUUUUAUCCAGGUCUUGGACAACUCGGAUCCUAAUUGGUGGAAGGGGGCUUGUCACGGACAGACCGGAAUGUUCCCUCGCAAUUAUGUCACACCUGUCAAUCAAAACAUGUAACUUUCAGAGAAAAUGUUUGCUUGAUAAAGGCACCUGUGGACUGCGAGCUGGGUUGCCAUGGAAACAGAAACCACGGAGUGAUGGAGAGAAAAGGCUCAAUUGGUGACGUGGAUGUCGAUUGGCUGGAAAAAUAAGGACUGCGCUGUUUGGAGUGGCUGACAUUUUAAGCACUAUUGGCUGUGUGAGAAAAAUGCUCCAGACUGAUAUUUUGUUUAUGUACUGUGUAUCACAUCAGCUUUGCUUUAUAUGCAACUUUAUUUUGUGUUACAUGACAUCAGCUGUACUAAUGAAAAAUUGUAUCUUACGUGAAGGAAAGUCACAAUAUCACGGUCACAAUACUGGUACAGUUUCGCACCAGGAUUCAUUUUAACCAACAUGUUAUGCUUGAUUUGUAUUGUUAAAAUGCAUCAUACAUUGAUUUUUGUAUUUAUCCUUUGUCAUCUUUCCAGAUAGUGUUACUGUUAUUUGGUGAUCAAGCAUAAUGCCAUAUAAUUUCAUUUCAUACCAUAGUCAAAUAAACUUAAAUGUAGUCGUGUUUUUCUUAAAGGGACAGUUCACACAAAAAUAAAAAUUCUGUCAUUAUUUACUCACCCUCAUGUGUUCCAAACAUCUAUGACUUUGUUCUGUAGAAGAAAUGUCUGAAAUGUGUUCAAAAUAUCUGUAUUUGUGUUUCACAGAAGAAAGACAGUCAUACAGGUUUGGAACAUCAUGAAGGUGAUGCCAGAAUUGCUUUUUUGAGUAAACUGUCCCUUUAAAUCAAAAUAGCUUGAAAAUAAUGUAAUGGUGCCAAAGCCUUUGUAGCAGAUCAGUGAUCAAAUGUAACAAAUUUGGAGCAUUUCAUGAACCCCUUUAAAAUGGCACUGGUUAUAUGAUUCUAUUUGGGAUUUUCAUAGAGUAUGUUGGUUACUCUUGAUUAUUCCUGAAUAAAUUCAACAGAAUAAAGACAUUUCCAGUGAAACCUCCCAAUGCACGUGUACAGAUCUUUUUUGUGUGAAGAAAAAAAAAUUGUUUGACUAUCAAACGUUUGAGAUAUCUGCUUCGUAUUGAACAAAAUUCAGUGAUCCGGACUUUGUGCCAUCUAGAAUGAUGCCGUAUAACUGUGCUGACAAAGGGCUGAACUUGCUCAGAUGGAUUACUUAUUAGUAUGCAUUUUGUUGUAAUGUCAUGGAAGUUCAUUACCACACUUUACAGGAGACAUUAGGUGCCUCUUUUUGAAGCUGAGGGCUGUACACUGUUUAUGAUGCCAUUUGAGGUUGUUCGUUUUUGUUUCUGUUUUUGUAAGCCACUUUUUAAAGCUGAAUUAUUAUUUUUUAUCUUUAAAGUGGAAAGCUAAUGUACAUCAAAAACUUGUAGCCGUUCAGUUUCUUUCUACUAGGUAAUUUUCUUUUAAUUCAAAUUAUUUUUUUAAAUGUUUGAUGUAUGUUUUGUUGCUUGUAAACGUAGAAAUGAGAUGCAUUUACCUCUCUGUCAUAAUGGAAUAAUGUUUUGUGUUGAUACUAAAUCAUUUCAUCAGCUGCAGUAAACCUCAACAAUAGACAUUUACAGUACAUGGCAUCAGUUUGCUGUCUGCAUAGUGAAGUUUCAUAAUGCUGGAGAUUAUGUAUACCUGCACAAUGUAGAUUAUGAGUGAAAUACAUUUCAUAACAUUUA